UUAAAACGUGCUAUGUGCUUUCCAGUAGACAAUAGAGGAUCUAAAAAUGCAGAGAUCUAGACGCAAACAUGAAACAAAAGCACCUCUUUCAACAUUGGAGAAGGUCAGUAGGCGUAUCCUGCCUGACAUGGCUCACAGAUUCCUGUUUGGACCACCAUCUGAUUUCUGCUUUGCCAGAUAUUUGAUCGGAGCUGUAUUUGGAGCCAUCAGUGGGACUGCUUUGUUUUUUGGACUCAUGCACAACAUUCCACUGUCCUUCGAUUACAAAAUCUUCUGUGGACUUGCUUUUGUAGCACUGUGUAUCUUAGGUGCAAUGGUGUCUUCAUAUUUCCGUUGCUCAGUUCUAUUGAUGUUUCCCAGCAUUCUCGGCUCUCGUGGACAAGCUUAUGUAAUGCUAUUCGUAAUCCAGUCUCUCUAUCAAGGUCCAAUCUCAAAUAUCCAACAUAAUGUCCAGGAAAUGGUCUUCUCUGUGGGUUGCAACAUAGACCUGCAAAUCACGCACAGUAGGCUUAUGUGGAGGACAGUUUCUGAACCAUUUUUUCAAGUGUUACAGGAAAUAGUGGACGACAGUGUGCAACUCCAGAAAGAGGCACAGAAUGUUAGUAGACAGUUUGAGGGUAUCAGGGAUGAGGUGAUGGGCCAGUAUGGCUAUGAUUCCUUUGGUCAGAAUCUAACAGCUACAGGAAACAGCACACAGGAGCAGUACACUGCAAAGACCAUGCUGCGCUGUGAAUAUGUAGUACAGAACGGAAUUGAUCGCUGCAUAAAGUGGUUUGAUGAUACAUGGCUGAAGUGCAUGGACACUAUUAAGUCCCCUGUCAUCAACCAUUUCCUUUGUGUGCCGAUGAAGUUUGAUUUUCUUUGUAAUAUUAUGAGAGUAAUGACUCCAUGGUGUAAGGAACAGAUCCCAGUGGAGGGGAACUUUGGGCAAACCUUUGACAAACUAAGUUCCUCCAUCAGUAAACUUGGGGAACAGUUUACCGCCAAUUUAGUCCUUGAGAAAAUUGAGGAUCAGCCGAUACUUGGAAGCAAAGUUCUUCGAGAUGAUUUUCGCGAGGAGCUCGUCAAGGCAUUUAAGGAGGCGAGCAACACUGUUAAGCAAAUCAUAGGGAUCGUACAGAUCCUCCUCUCUUUCACGUUCAUAACUGUUUUUACUUCGGCUUUUGGAUAUGCACGGCAAUACACCAGAGACAUCUGCUUUGACAAUGUCUACAUUACAACUUACUUUCGACAGAUUGAUGAGCGGAGAAGAAAAAGGGGUCGCAGGUAUCUGCUGCCUCUGAAGAAAACAGAAAAGAGUAGUUUCAUCGAGCCCUGGAGACUGAAAGUCAAUUCCAAUGAAAUCCGACCUGUGUUUACAAGCCUGGUCCAGGUUGUAUCUUUGGUCCUGUUUGUAAGUUUUCUGCUGGUCACUGAUAGAAUCCUUUACUACAUCUUUGAAAUCAUCCGUAGGCAUACAUAUAUAGAACAGUCUUUUGAAAGUAGUCAUGACAUACAGAUUGACAUUAGUGGAGAUUCCAUGUUAGCGAAGCUCCUUCGUAAGACUAUUGGUGCUUUCAACACUUCCUCUAACCUAAACAUUGUGUCCAAUAACUGGCAGUGUCUCCCACAGCCUCAUGCCCUGAGCCAGAAUGACUACCUGUUGUGUAUCUUCCCAUUGCUGCUGAUGGUCCUCAUGUGCCGUCUGCAGGUUUAUACAAACCGCCUACGCAGGGUCAUCACCACCUUCUACUUCCCCAAGAGAGAGAAGAAACGGAUUCUCUAUCUAUACAACCUCCAGAUCCAGAAACGUAUUGCUUUGGUCAACCGCUUGAGCAAACAGCUCAGGCGUCAGCGACAAGCCCCAAAAAAGGUGUUGUCAGUGCUGUUGUCUCCACUGGAACGAUGGGGGUGGGGUGUGUGUUGGUGUUGGGUUUGUGAGGAGAAUAUGUGGCAGCAGAGGGCUAUGCGUUGUUCUGUUGUGGGCUGUAAUGCACUUUACUGUGCACAAUGCUGGAGGGAUUUGGGAUACUGUUGUAUCUGCUCCUUCCCAACAAAUGGGAAGCCUCAAGACAGUGACUCUGACAUAGACACAGUUUACUAUGUUUAUUAAUUACACGUUCACAUAUGAGAUAAAUAUACUAUGUUCGUUAGUUACAUGUUCACAGAUGAGAAAUCUAUAUUGUGUUUAUUAAUUACAUGUGCACAUACUGUAUGAGAAAUACAUACUAGAUUUAUUAAUUACAUGUUCACAAACAAGCCUAAUAUAAAGUUUAUUAAUUAAAUGUUCACAUAUGAGA